AUGAAGCCAACAGUAAACACAACAUCUGUAAACUGCACAGAUAUCUCAGAAUUCAUCUUGCUGGGCUUUGGGAGGCUUCAUGAUCUACAGUUCCUUCUCUUCCUGGUGUUUCUGGUGAUCUAUAUAAUGACUAUCUCUGGAAACCUCACCAUCAUUUUCAUAGUUACGACCAGUCCACAUCUUCACACUCCCAUGUACUUCUUCUUGGGAAACUUGUCCUGUAUGGAGACCUUCUACAGCUCAACCAUCCUGCCCAGGAUGCUGGCUAGUUUACUAACUGGGGACAGAACCGUUUCAGUUAAGUGUUGUGUGAUUCAGUUAUAUUUCUUUGGAUUUCUGGUGAGCACAGAAUGUUACUUGUUAGCUGUGAUGUCUUACGAUCGAUAUCUAGCAAUUUGCCAACCACUGCAUUAUGGAACCUUAAUGAAUGACAAGCUCUGUCUCAAGCUUGCAGCUGGUUCUUGGCUAUGUGCCCUGCUGCCAAUUAGUAUAAUAAUAAUUCUGAUGUCGUUUUUACAUUUUUGUGGCCCAAUUGCCAUUGAUCAUUUCUUUUGUGAUUUCCCUGCUUUCAUAAAGCUUGCCUCCGAAGAUACACAGCUGGUUCAGCUUUUAGCUUUCAUACUGUCAGCCAUAGAUACUCUUCCCCCUUUUGUUUUAACCCUGACAUCCUAUUUUCAUAUUAUUGAUACUAUCCUGAGAAUCCCAUCAACCACAGGAAGAAAGAAGGCAUUUUCCACGUGUUCCUCACACCUCACUGUGGUCACCAUUUUUUAUGGCACCUUAAUGGUGGUAUACAUCUUACCAAAAAGUGAAACAUGGGGUGACUUGCACAAAAUAUUCUCUCUCUUUUAUACUGUCCUGACUCCCAUGGUCAAUCCUCUUAUCUACAGUCUGAGAAAUGAAGAGGUUAAAAAAACUCUGAGAAGAGUGAUCAACAAAUGGCUAGGUUUCCAGAAAUUGGAUCGCAGCUGA